AGUAACUUUUAUCCCCUAGCUCUAAUUUAGGGGGCUGAAGGAUAACCUUCAGUUAUUCGGCUACAAUAAAGAACGCAACUCUGCAGGCACAGCGCGUUACUGGAACGGUUGUGCUGACGGGUAGGAAGGAGGUGAGACGGAGGACAGCCUCCGUAUGGAAAUAAUCCGUUUCGUAGCAAACUUGCCUCGGUGCUCCUUUGCAGGCGCCGUGACGCAGGCAAUGCCGUAGACGGCUACAGGCGCGGUCCUUCUGCAGCAGCGAAAGCCGCACGUGGGGAAGAUCAGCGGCCGCCGCCGGCUGGAGGUGCAGACACUGAUGAAUCAUUGAAAGACUGCUGCAUAUUGCAUCAUCUAAGUGAGAGUACCAGAUCCGUCAGGGGCAGGACAGAGGCCAAUGUGACUGAACAGGUCACUCUGUUUCCACGCCAUGCCUACCCUCUAUCUUGCCCCACAUCCUGAUAACUUCCAGAACCUCCGUGUACUCAUUGCAGCUCGCUAUGGCCGACAGGAGCCCAGGGUGGUUGCGCUGGCUCCCGACACGAAGUUGGGGAACCCUUCCUUCUCUUUGCCCAAGCUCCCAGCUCUGGAGACUCAGGCGGGCACCUAUGUGUCUGGCCCAGCAGCGGUUUCUUACCUGCUCUCCCCUGAUGCCAUGAGCGGGCGAGGCUCCGAAGCGGGCGCCUUGGUGCGGCAAUGGAUCAGUUAUGCCGACUUGGAAAUCGCUCCGGCUGCCUGCGCGGUGGCCUUCUCUGUCCUUGGGGUCUCUAAGCAAAAUAAACAGGUGACGGACCGGGCUAUGGCAGAACUUCAAAACCUGCUCAAGGUGUUAGAUCACCAUUUGAAACUCCGGACGUACCUGGUGGGGGAAGCUGUGACGUUGGCUGAUGUGACCGUUGCAUGUUCUCUGCUGCUGCCAUAUAAAUACGUCUUAGAUCAAGGUCUCCGGACGUCUUACACCAAUGUGACCCGUUGGUUCCUGACCUGCAUCCAUCAGCCAGAAUUCCAGUCUGUUCUGGGACCCGUGAAGUUGCGUGAGCAAGGCCUUGGGCAGGGGAUCCCCAAACUGGAUCUCAAAGAACCGGUGUUGAGCCACAAGGAAGAGUUGGCAGAGCAGAGGGAGUUAACUGAGCCGCCCCCUAAAAGUGCUUCCCAGCUGAAGAAGGAAGCCAAGAAAAAAGAAAAACUGGAGAAGUUUCAGCAGAAGAAGGAAAAGAGCCAGCAGCAACAGCAGGGGGAGAAGAAGCCAAAGGCUGAGAAGAAAGAGAAGAAGGAUCUUGGAGUCAUAACGUAUGACAUUCCGACCAAGCCAGGGGAGAAGAAAGAUGUGAUGGGCCCAAUGCCGGACUCCUACAGCCCACAGUAUGUUGAAGCUGCCUGGUAUCCUUGGUGGGAAAGCCAAGGUUUUUUCAAACCAGAGUAUGGGCGUUGCAGUGUUUCUGAGCCAAAUCCUAAAGGCCUCUUCAUGAUGUGCAUCCCUCCACCCAAUGUCACAGGAUCCCUCCAUCUUGGCCAUGCCCUCACCAAUGCCAUCCAGGACUCCCUGACUCGAUGGCACCGGAUGAGGGGAGAGACCACCUUAUGGAACCCGGGUUGCGACCACGCCGGCAUCGCCACACAAGUGGUGGUGGAGAAGAAGCUUUGGAAAGAGCAAGGGAAAACCCGGCACGACCUCGGCCGUGAGCACUUCAUCAAGGAAGUCUGGAAGUGGAAAAAUGAAAAAGGGGAUCGGAUCUACCACCAGCUGAAGAGACUGGGUUCCUCAAUGGACUGGGACAGAGCCUGUUUCACCAUGGACCCAAAACUCACGCGUGCGGUGGAAGAAGCUUUUAUCCGACUGCAUGAGGAAGGGGUCAUCUAUCGCAGCAAACGUCUUGUGAAUUGGUCCUGUACCCUCAACUCGGCCAUCUCUGACAUAGAGGUGGAUAAGAAGGAGUUAACAGGCCGCACGCUCUUGCCGGUCCCCGGCUACAAAGAGAAAGUGGAAUUUGGAGUGCUGGUUUCGUUUGCCUACAAGAUUGAAGGCUCAGAUGAAGACGUGGUGGUGGCCACAACUCGUAUUGAAACAAUGUUGGGGGACACCGCAGUCGCCGUCCAUCCUCAGGAUCCCCGGUACCAGCACCUGCACGGCCGAAGUGUCCGGCACCCUUUCACUGGGCAGCUCAUGCCUAUUGUAUGCGAUGAUUUCGUUGACAUGGAGUUUGGAACUGGUGCAGUGAAAAUCACGCCAGCCCACGAUCAGAAUGACUACGAGGUUGGACUGCGCCAUGGGCUCCCCUUUGUCACCAUUUUCGACGAGGAUGGCUAUCUCAUCAACGUGCCCCCUCCCUUCUUGGGUAUGAAGCGGUUUGACGCUCGGCGAGCUGUGUUGGAAGCCUUGAAGGAAAGGGGUCUUUUCCGGGAGGUGAAGGACAACCCCAUGGUGGUCCCAGUCUGCAGCCGCUCCAAAGAUGUGGUGGAGCCACUUCUCAAGCCCCAGUGGUACGUGCGCUGCGACACAAUGGCCAGGGGAGCAGCCGAGGCAGUCCGCCGAGGCGACCUGCGCAUUGUGCCGGACUUUCACCUCAAGACCUGGUUCAGUUGGAUGGACAACAUCAGGGAUUGGUGCAUUUCUCGGCAGCUGUGGUGGGGCCAUCGUAUCCCCGCAUAUUUUGUGACUGUUCAUGAUCCCUCAGUGCCGCCUGGAGAGGACACAGAUGGCAGAUACUGGGUAAGUGGCCGAAGCGAACAAGAGGCAAAAGAGAAGGCCGCCAAACUCUUCAAGGUGACCCUGGAUAAAAUCUCCCUCCGGCAAGAUGAGGAUGUCCUGGACACCUGGUUCUCCUCCGGCAUUUUUCCUUUCUCUAUCUUUGGAUGGCCGAACCCUAGUGAACAUCUCCAAGUGUUUUACCCAGGGACUCUCCUGGAAACUGGGCAUGACAUUCUGUUCUUCUGGGUCGCCCGCAUGGUUAUGUUGGGGCUGAAGCUAACGGGGAAAUUGCCAUUUAGAGAGGUUUACCUUCAUGCUGUUGUUCGGGAUGCCCACGGCAGGAAGAUGAGCAAAUCAUUGGGAAAUGUGAUUGAUCCCCUGGAUGUCAUCACUGGCAUUACACUGGAGGGCUUACAUGCUCAGUUACUAGAGAGCAAUUUGGACCCUGCUGAAAUGGAGCGAGCAAAACAAGGACAGAGAUCCGAUUACCCCAGUGGGAUCCCCGAAUGUGGGACAGAUGCCCUCCGGUUUGCUCUGUGCGCUUACACAUCUCAAGGCCGGGAUAUAAACCUCGAUGUGAACAGGAUUCUGGGCUACCGGCACUUCUGCAACAAACUCUGGAACGCGACCAAGUUCGCGAUCCGCAGCCUCGGGGUCGAAUUCCAGCCGCAGCUCAGCCCAGAGCCCAGCGGCUCUGAGAGCCUCAUUGACAGGUGGAUCCUAAGUCGCCUGAGCCAUGCCGUGGAGUUGUGUGAUGUCGGAUUCCAGGCCUAUGACUUCCCAGGCAUCACCACAGCGGUGUAUAACUUCUGGCUCUAUGAGCUAUGUGAUGUUUACCUGGAGUGCCUGAAACCCGUCUUUGCUGGUCCAGAUGAGACGGCCAUCCAGACCGCCCGGAAUGUUCUCUACACCUGCUUGGAUGUUGGGCUUCGCCUUCUCAGCCCUUUUAUGCCCUUUGUCACGGAGGAGCUGUUCCAACGGCUGCCCCGACGGUGCCCCUCCUCUGACCCUCCCAGCAUCUGUGUUACCCCUUAUCCUGCCACAGAGGAGUACUGCUGGCGGGAUGAAACCCUGGACUGCACCAUUGACUUUGUGCUGAGCAUUAUUAAGGCGGUGCGUUCACUCCGGGCAGACUACAACCUCACCAAGACCAAAGCUGACUGUUAUUUGCAGUGUCUGGAUUCUGAGACAGUAAAGGCUGUGACUCCCUGCUCUGAGUACAUCCGCACCCUCUCUUCCUCCAAACAAGUGCUGGUUCUGGGGCCUGGGCAGGAGGUCCCUUCAGGUUGCGCCGUAGCCAUCGCCUCUGACAAAUGUACCGUCCACCUUUUGCUCAAGGGCUUGAUCGAUGCCGAAAAGGAGAUCUCCAAACUGGCAGGCAAGAAAGCUGAGCUACAGAAGCAAAUUGCACGGUUGCGGGAGCGCCUAGACAGUCCAGACUAUGCUGCUAAGGUGCCAGCCAAAGUCCAGGAGGCAGAUGCAACCAAGCUGAAACAGAGUGAGACUGAAUUGCAGAAGUCGGAGGAAGCCAUUGAAAAUUUCAAGAAAAUGAUUUGAAACAGAAGGAAGGGAACUCAUAGGACUGUUAGAUUCUAUUUACCCAGAAGGUUGGGAUGCAGGAUUGGGAAACUUUUUAAAUGCAAAUCUUUUUCAGUCAAACAAACAAAACCUGUUUUUUUUCCCCUCGUUGACGCAUCUUGGUUUAUUCUCUUUUCUUCAAGAUACUAUAUUAAAAUAUUUUGCUGAGUUAAAAAGUGAAAUCUUCA